CCGGUACGUUACCCACAUCCAAGAAUUACAUGUGGUGUAAAAUAUAACCUCAAUUUGCCUUUUAAGUUAUUGUUGUAUUGAAGCAAGUCCCCUGAAAUAAACUUUUUCAAGAUGCCGAAAGUACGUUCUACAUCGGGGCCUCCCCGAAAACAAAGUUUUAAUCGUUCUAAUCAUUCGAUGAACCCAGAAAGGCCUACGGAAGGUUUAAAAGGUGUCGCAAAGGUGCGAACGAAGUCUACCAUCAGGCGACUGCAAAUGUACAGAAAUUUCAAAGCGAAACGAGAUCGUACGGGAAAAAUUUUAAAGCCUGCACCUUUUCAAGGGUGGUGCGCAUCUGGAACGCAAUCGCGAGUGGAACCGAAUCAGAAAUGGUUCGGAAACACUCGUAUUAUUUCACAAAAUGCCUUACAAAAGUUUCAAACGGAAAUGGGAGCCGCUUUGAAGGAUCCGUAUAAAGUGGUAAUGAAACAAACCACUUUGCCAAUUUCAUUACUGAACGAGACCGCCAAAAAUGCACGUGUUCAUCUGCUUGAUACUGAGAGUUUCCAAAGCGUGUUUGGCCCUAAGAAAAGUCGCAAACGUCCCAAUAUUUCGGUCAAUGGCAUGGAUGAGUUGAUGAAAGCUGUUGAUAAAAGUGCCGAAUCAUAUGAUCAAGAAAAGGAUAUUGAUUUAGUGAAAGAAGACACUGGUAUUCGGGAUAUGCCCAGGGAUUGGAUAAUGGGAGCUGGUCAGUCGAAGAGAAUUUGGAAUGAGCUGUACAAAGUAAUUGACAGCUCUGAUGUGAUUUUGCAGAUAUUAGACGCUCGGGAUCCUUUAGGCACACGUUCUGCACACAUUGAAAAAUAUUUACGGACGGAGAAGCCAUACAAGCACCUCAUUUUCAUUUUAAACAAAGUCGAUCUUGUACCCACUUGGGUCACGCAGCGAUGGGUGGCUAUCUUGAGUGCAGAAUAUCCAACGGUUGCCUUUCAUGCUAGUUUAACACAUCCGUUUGGCAAAGGAUCUCUCAUUAAUCUACUAAGGCAGUUUAGUAAAUUACACGUUGAUAAAAAACAAAUAUCUGUAGGUUUUAUUGGAUAUCCGAACGUGGGGAAGUCCUCAAUCAUUAACACAUUGCGUAGCAAAAAAGUUUGUAAAGUUGCUCCGAUUGCAGGGGAAACAAAGUAUUGGCAGUACAUUACGUUAAUGCGUAAAAUUUACUUAAUCGACUGUCCUGGUGUUGUGUAUCCGACUGCAGAGACUGAUGCAGAGAAGGUUUUAAAAGGUGUGGUCCGUGUGGAGCUUGUUAAAAAUCCAGAAGAUUACAUCGGUCCGCUUGUCGAGCGAGUAAGAGCUGAGUAUUUGAUGAAAACGUAUAAGGUCGAGGGCUGGGAGACCCCCCUUGAUUUUUUGGAGAAGGUGGCUUUUCGUUAUGGUAAAUUAUUGAAGAAGGGUGAACCGGAUAUACCCACCGUCGCUAGAAUGGUGCUGAAUGAUUUUCAACGAGGGAAACUGCCUUAUUAUGUAUUUCCACCUGGGUUUGAACAGCCUUUGGAACGCGCAGAUGAGGGAGAGCAGCCAAGUGUUGUACAAGAUUUUAGUAACAUUAAAGUCAGUUUAGGUUACGAAGGCGAAGAUAUUAAAACACUCGAACCGAUUGACUUGGCCAAAGCUGUGGACGAAGAGGUCGACGUUGAUAAUAUUGAUGACAGCACCACGGUUGUAGAUUCUGAAAUCGAUUCAAAAGACAAAACUAGUCAGUCGGAGGGGACCGAGGAUCCAAACUAUGACUCUGAUUCGUCCGAAAUAAGCCACUUUUAUUCAGACAUGGAACAUAGUGAUGAUGAAGUUACAAAAUCUACUAGUGGCGAUUUUAAAGUGCAAAAAGAGAGCCCCGAUAAAAAAUUAACCAGCAAACAACGAAGAGCAUUGGAAAGGGCGAUGAAACCAAAAAAGAUGGGAAGCAACUUUUAUGAUGUUGUGAAUGUCAAAAACAGACGGAGAUAAUAAAUUAACAGCAAUUUAGAAAUUGUGAUAAUUUAAUAUUUGUUUCAUGUAUAUAAUUACAUUAAUUUAAUGUAAACCCCUUGAGUAGUGUAUACAAAUUAUUUUCUCUUACACUGAAUGAUUUUAUUCUUAUAUUUUUAAUUUUUGUACCGCACAGGGAGUAUUGAUACUGUAUUAUUUCAUGUUUCGGUCAACAGUAGAAAAAUACAACUCGCCCUUCAAGCAAUUUUUUAUCUA